UUGCGUUACAGCUUGAAAGGCUUAUAAACAGAUCUUUGGAUCUUUUGCUGAACAGACAUCAGAACAUCAGAACCCCCAAUUUUGAGCUUUCUUCCGCAACAGAACCAAACGAAAGUAUAUCUCGUCUAUUCUUUCCAUCCUGCUUCUUGAGGAUGAACUGGUGGUGGCUUCAAGUGCUCUGUAUUAACCUGUUAGCGGGCUUUGCCGCUGUUUCUAUUUUCCUCAUUCAUGGGGAGGAGCAGGAGCGACUAAAAUGGGUAGCCGCUCCCUCUACCCUCCCUCUGUACACCACCGACGAAGUGUGCCGCGACAAAGAGUCCAAUAAGAUCUUGAAUUGCGGCGGUUGUGGGGGUUGCUCUAACAGGCACGAUAUCAAGCUGUAUCAUGAUAAACGAGAUACAUUGACUGGUAUCAUGGUGGAAUGUGCUCAAGCGGAUUUUAUUUUUCGUGGGGAUGCCCUCGAGUGUCUGAAAGAGCGAUCCGGUCUCACGGAGCACUGCGCCAGUUGUUGGGUGUUGAAUUAUGUCUGCAAUACACACAACUGUAUACGGACGUGUAUCAAGCAUCGAUAUUUGCCAUUUUUACCGAGUUGGAAUGCUUGGAAUUCAGAGCCAUUGGACCCGUGCAUCGCCUGCGAUGAAAAACUGUGCGGGCCCGUAUUUGUAGACUGUGCUGGGGCCAAUCGAAGGCGUGCUGGUGUUAUUACGGAUAUUGAACGAGACAAUCAACAGGAAAUUUGUAACAAGGUGGACUGGGAUUGGGUUCUAGGCGACGACGACGAAAAGACGGAAGACAAGACGAAAGACCAGAAUAUGGUGGAGAAGGAAGGAGAUGGAAUGGCCCAAGAAGCGACAAGGGAGGAACUCUGAGCAUCCAAUGUACAAACCAAUCAAUCUACCGAGUCUUAGCGCUUAUCCGCAUCACUUUCAGUCCAGCCGAUAGAAGGACUCUGCUGAUGAAAUAGACCCUAAAGAUUCUCUACGAAUGUACACGAAAUGGUAGUGCUCGUUGGGAGGUUCAGCCACACAAGCACCUUGCCAGUUUGGCUCUGUGUUGCUCUGCUACGAGUCGAGUGACAGCCAAGGAAUCGGGAAGUGCUUUGAGCGGUUGGUCAUCUUGCUUGAGCUUGGAGGAACGUUCAAAUGUCUAAAUUGACACAGUUUUGGAAAUUCGACGUAGAAACGCGUAGCAACAAACUCUAAGAAAACGAAUGGCAAGGCUUCGAAACGUGAUAAAUUGAAAUACGUGUGCAUGGCUAAAGUCAGAAACCCAACAGUGGGGCAAUCAUUAGGGGAUUGAAUACGUACAUGCGGGACGAAUGGUGGCGAGGUUUACUGGAUCAGGAUCCGGUGGCACAAAACAAGCACCCGCCUUGGGGGCAAUGAUGCCUCCUGCAAUGAUCCCCAUAUCUACCUCUGAGUCGCUUAUCAGAGGCUAUCUGUUUACACUGCAUACACUACGAACUGCUUCGUAAUCUAUUUGUUAUGAAAAACUGGCUUGUUGGCUGGUCCACAGUGUAUAUAGCCUGAGGUCGAUGAACGCAUAUACCUCUGCGGAGCCAUUUGGUUAGCUGAACUACGAAUACCUGGGCUGGGAAAGCGCUUCGGAUGUCGAUGUCUGUCACAGAGACUUCUAGUUUUCACUGAACAAUCCUUCACCGUCAUGUACCACCGCAUCAUUCAGAAACACCACAGUUUCAGGGAUAUCUUUGCCGAGUUUAUUAGUUGAGCAGAUUGCAUUGAGUAGUUCCAAAGUUCUGUCCGCAUCCCGCAC